CCCCCAUGAUUCCUUGCGCUGCGACGGCCAGCAAGAUGGCGUCGGACGGCGGCCCGGCGGCGGGCAGGCCCCCAGCCCCGCGCCCGGUCUCGUUCGGGUUCACGCGCACCACCGCGCGCAGGCGGCUCGUGCGGGAGGGCGGGGCAGGGGCCGCGGCGGAGCCCGACUUCAUCAGCGCCGUGGAGGGGAGCGAGCUGCGCAGCCUCCGGCCGGCCCCGACCCCUAAGGCGCUCGUCAUCCCCUUGAUCCAGCGCAACCAAUGGAAGAAGCCGGCGACGCCCCCUGUGGGGGCCCCGGACCAGCAGAGGGAUGACGGUGUGGAGUCCCAGGCUGUGAGGGAGAUCAUAGAGGAGUGCCGACAGUCCCAGGAGCGGUGGGAGAGCGGCACCAAGGCUGACCCCAACCUGGCCAUCCCCCUGCUCCUGCAGAACCGUGUCCCUGACGGAUACGAGGACAGCGACCGGGUGGACGUGAGCCUGCGGCCGGAAUCGUCGACGGAGGCAGAUUACGAGGUGGUGCCCGUGGAGGCCUACGGCGUUGCCAUGCUGAGGGGCAUGGGCUGGAAGGCGGGCGAGGGCAUCGGACGCACCUUCAAGCAGGAUGUGAAGCCCCUGGAGCACCAGCUGCGCCCCAGGGGGCUGGGCCUGGGAGCUGACCGCUCGGCCAUCCAGGACCUGCAGCCGGCCCGCCCCCCGCGGCCCCCUAAGCCGGGCGAAGAGCGCCGGGGGGGUGAGGAGGAGCCGCUGGGGCUGGUGGCAGGGGGCGCCGUGCUGAUCGUGGCUGGGCCCCACAAAGACCUCUACGGGAAGAUCGAAGGUGUAGACCCCGAUAACGCCCGGGUGAUGGUGAAAUUGGCCAUCGGGGAUAAGAUCGUCACCAUCAGCCAGCACAGCCUGCGACCUGUGACCCGGAAGGAGUAUGAGAAACUAGCCAAGGAUCUGAGCCGCUUAAGCAAAGCCCACAAAGAAGAAGAAGAGAAGCAGAGAAAUGGACCCACUGACGCCCCGGACGCCAGGGUCCCCCGAGAGAAGGGGGAAGAGAAGGACAGAAAGAGGAAACAGCCAGCAGACUCGGAGAGCGACGCCCACGCCGGGAAGCAGAGUAAAGGUAGCAGCAGCAGCUCCUCGUCCUCCCGCUCCCCCCACUGGCUGCGGCGAGAUCUGCGGGUUCGCUUUGUGGACAAGCUCUACAAGGGGGGGAAAUACUAUAACACCAAGAUGCUGAUCGAGGACGUGCUGAGCCCAGAUACUUGUGUCUGCCGGACAGAGGAGGGGCAGGUCUUGGAUGGCAUCCGGGAGGCCAUGCUGGAGACGGUCAUCCCCAGGGGCGCUGCGGACUGGGUGCUAGUGGUGCUGGGGGAGCACGCCGGCAGGGUGGGCCGGAUCCUGCAGCGCGACCAGCAGCGGAGCCGGGCGCUGGUGCAGCUGCAGCGCGAUGAGGAUGGGGACGUCCUGGCGCUAGACUACGACGCUGUCUGCCACUACGUGGGGGGCACCGAGGACGACUGAGCCCCCUUCCCCCCUCCCCCCAUUCUGCUGGACUUGGG